GGACACCGCCGCGCCGUCGCCGGCGGGCGUCCACGCCGUGACGGUGUACAGCGGGAUGUCGAGCCACCGGAGCGUGAGCCCCUCGCCGUCGCCCUGCGGGUGCACGUCGUACUUGCCCGGCGCGAACAUCCUCGCGAUCAUCCACCCCUGCAUCGCCUCCCGGUCGCCGAUGCCGGCGUUCCGGAACCCGCCGUCCUCCAUGCGCCGCCGCCACCCCGCGAAGCUCUCGUGCCGCUCGGACCUGUCGGGGCCCUCGAACGCCACCGCGUUGCGGAUCUCCCGCGCGAACAUCUCCUCCACCUUGGCCCGGGCCGCGCUGGCCGGCGGCAGGCCGGCAGCGCCCACCGCGGCGUAGUGCUGCAGCGCGCGCGCGAACCACGCCUCCCAUCGCCCGCUGUUCAGCCUCGCCGCCUCGUGCUCGUCGAGGAGCAGGACGGCGGCGCCCGUGCUGCGCACCAGCCCGAGGAAGUCGGACAGCGCGCCGCCGAUCUCGUCGCGGAGCAGCCGGGAUUGAGCUCGGUUAGCGUCCACGUCUUGGUAGCCACCGGACUCGGCGCGGGCAGCGCUGGCGCCGGUGGCAUGACGGCCCGGCCCGGCGACUAGUCACGUGUAUUUGUCGGGCUGUACGUGCAUGCAGGAGAUUGAAUGCCAUGAGGAG